GGGGAGUGUUUAUCCCUCCUUCAACUCGCGUUAUUUGCCUCAGAAGGGGUAUUUUAAAAUAGCAGUUAGAUGCGUACCGCGAUUAGACACCAAAGGAGGGAUUAUAAGAAUAUUACGGUUCAGUGGAACCAUCCGAAUAUUUUUGUACGCCUUCUCUCCGAUGAGAGCUAAUGCAGCACGGAACGGUAGCCAUGAUCCAGUAACCCGAUGCCACCAGUGGGGGGCAGUAGAACGCCCCCUUUUCCCCUCCCUAUAACCAAACCCCUCCUUUGUUGCUUUGGCGCCGUUCUAUAUAAAGAGGAGCGGACAAACACCCACUCUUGAUCAUUGCUUCAUUUUUUUAGGUCUCUUUGGGGGUCUUUACUGUGUCCCUUCAACUUUUUCCUCCCCUCUCAAAAUGGAAAUGAAAAAGAGAUUGAUGCUGGAGCUCAGGAAUCGGAAAGCGGCUGACGUUAAAGAGUUGGUUCUAGAUAACUGUCGUUCAGAUGAUGGCAAAAUUAUUGGACUGACUCCAGAGUUUGAAAAUUUAGAGUUUCUCAGCAUGAUAAAUGUCAACUUAUUAUCUGUAGCUAACCUGCCAAAGCUCCCAAAGUUAAAAAAGCUGGAGCUCAGUGACAAUCGCAUCUCUGGAGGAUUAGAGGUACUGGCAGAAAGGACCCCAAAUUUGACACACCUGAACCUCAGUGGGAACAAGAUAAAAGAGAUCAACACCCUAGAGCCACUUAAGCUACCUCAUCUCAUGAGCCUGGACCUCUUUAACUGUGAGGUGACUAUGCUAAACAACUAUAGGGAGAGUGUGUUUGAGCUUCUCCCCCAGCUCACCUUUCUAGAUGGCUUUGAUGCAGAUGACCAGGAGGCUCCAGAUUCUGACCCAGAGGCUGAAGAUUUAGAGGAAAAUGGAGAGGAUGGUGAGGAGGAUGAAGAGGACGAAGAAGAAUUUGAAGAUGAGCUUGAUGAUGAUGAGGAUGAAGAAGGUGAAGAUGAGGAAGGUGAAGAGGAGGAGGAAGGAGAGGAAGAUGAUGAAGACGAUGAGGAUGUACCUCAGGGUGAAAAGAGGAAAAGGGACUUGGAAGAUGAAGGCGAUGAAGAAGACGACGACGAUGAGGAUGAUGACGAGGAUGACGAAUAAGACCCAAGAACUACUGGAUCUCUUUUAUAUAGACUGUCUGGGCUGGCCAUCAGUGUACAUAUGUACGUUUGGCUGUGUCAGCCUGUGGGCUACUGUGCAUACCGCUGUUGCCCUGUUCAUUUAUAUAUAUAUAUUUUUUUUUCUCGUUUGUGUGUAGAUGUUCUAGGGUUGCGAUAUGAAAUGUUGUUUCUGUGCUGGUCUGAGUGAGGUUUUCUUUUGUUUGCCGCUUUAUUUAAAAAGAUGGCCGCCUGGGGGGCUAUUCGCGGAUUCAGACUCUAGGUUUGUGUUUUGUUUUAAACCGUGGAAUUUUCUGUGAAAGUUCUUUGGUUCCUCUGAUCUGUGAAUGGUGCGUGGGUGUAUAGGUUUGAGUGAUUCCAAAGACAAGUCCUCUCUCUACUCCUGCAUUGCCAUGUUGAUUUAGUAUGCUUUAAAUGUCCUGUUGUAUUUACCAGUCAUGUAACUACAUGAAUUAUGCGUAUGUUGGCAAUAAGUAGUGCUGAUGACCAAAUUUACAGGACCUGUUCAAAUUAAUUUGUUCCCACACUGAUGCUUUUUUCUCCCAGUGCUUUCUGUUUACAUGUACAUAAUUACAAAACAGAUGCAUAUGCCAUGAAUCCUUUAAUUUGCCACACAUGCUUAAUGCUGCCAAUAUGUUUCCGUUGUCUUGAGGGUGAGGAGGGGGGCUCUUCUGGGUAAACAACAAAGGAAAUCCCUUUUAUGACCCAUUAAAAUCAUCUCCCACAAUUUGUUUUGUAUUUAGUUGUUGCAUAACUUGAAUAAGACUUUUAAUAAAAUUUUGGGAUUUUUAUAUGGGUUCCAAUUUUUCUGGUUUGACAAAUAUUUAUGGCAAAACCAAUAGCAACUCAAAAUACUAGCGUUCAUUAUUUGGCUUCUUAUAAAAGUAAUCUUAUUGGGUCUUGAGCUAGAAUUUGCCUUCUAUUAAUGCAAUAUGUAAGUUGUAUAUUUUUGAAAUGCUAUGCUAAUGUAUUUAACGGGUCUACAAAAGGAGUGUCUCAUACACGUAUACAUAAUACGUUUAGUAUUCACAAGUGCUCAUACUAAAGUAAAUGGGGGUUUUUUAAUUUCUGCCUCUUGCCAAACAUUCAUAAUCUAAAAUGUAGAUCCCCAAACCAGAUUAGUUGGAAGGGUUCAAGCCAUUCAAGAGGCUUGGGGUGGUUGUUUUGUCUUAUAACAGUAAAGGAUCUCCUGCUGGCUGUGUACAUAUUUUACCACUUGUCUACUGUCUUUUAAUAAAAAUCAAUGUAGCUGGC